UCUGUCGCGAGCUCAUGCUGGGGCAGCUGUGUGGUGUUUACGCGCGCGUGAACCUUGUCUUUUUUUCUUUUCCCGCCAGAUAUCUUGUACGAAUUAUUACGAAUUUAAUAAAUUAGUCUCGUCUUUCACGAAAACGUGAAAGCCAGGCAGACAUGGCAGUAGUUCUGCGUUUACAGGGUCUGAAUAUUAAAGCAGGACCUGAAGACAUUCGCAGGUUCUUUCAUGGCUUACCCAUCCCUGAAGGAGGUGUCCAUAUCACCGGGGGCAAGAUGGGUGAAGCUUUUAUUAUAUUCCGUACAGAGAGAGCUGGACAGUUGGCCAUGCUGUAUUCUGGAAAACAGCUCAGAGGGUCGACUGUUACCCUUCAUAAAAGCAGCAUGGCCGAGUUUAAGCACAAUAUGGAGUUAAAGUUGAGGAAAAGGAAAUGUGCUCCUAUGGAAGGUGAACCUGCACCUCAGACAACAACUGCAACAGAGCUUUGCACCACUCUACUGCUGAGUGUAGUGGCUGCUGUCCAAAGACUGCAAUCUAACCACGAAAUGAACCAAGCCCAGUCACCACCAGUUAGUACCCCUCAAUUAAUAAAUAUACCCAAAUCGGGUAAGGAUGCAAUCGAAAAGCUUCCAGAAACCGAUCAAACACCACCUGUUAACAUCCAGGCAAGGCUUACAGAACCAAUGAGACAUCAUGUGGAGGAGCAACGGGGGGGAUUAAGAGAGGGCAACUCUCGCAAACCGGGUUAUCUUCGGCUUUACGGACUUCCAAAUACAAUCACCAAAGAGGAAGUCUGCCAGUUCCUUGAAGGGCUCAAAGUGGUGGAUGUAAUAACAGAUACAUUACAAGGGCGGGACCGGUGUUGUCUAGUGAAGAUGGCUAGUUUUAAAGAUGCUGAAGAGGGCCUGAAAUACAGCCAUAGUGGCUCGAGGGACUUCCACGUUGAGGUCAGACUGGCCCAUGAGAGAAUGUGGGAAAACGCCAUGGAGCAUCGUGAACAUUCCCCAUGUUCCACAUUCUCAGAGCAGGACAGAUUCUCCCAGGAUAGGCGUUUGCACAGGAAUUCUCCAGUUAAAAAGCCCUGCUCCUUUUGGGGAUCGCCAAAACGGCGCCGCUCUAACUCUCCAUCUUUUGAUUCCGAGUACUGCGUCAUGGUAAAGAACCUUCCUACAACUAUUACCAAGACUGAGAUAAGGAACCUGUUCUCAUGUCCUGACAUACCAAACAGUAAAAUCCUGCAUCUACUAAACAAGUGGAAGGAACGAACAUCUACUGCCUUUAUAAUAUUUACACAGCCAGAGGAAUAUACCUUAGCCAUGAACAUGAACGGUAGUGCCAUUGGCUCACAAAUAAUAGACGUCUCAUCCAUUACUAAGGAAAAAAUGAAGGACCUAAUGUAUCAAAACACAUGUACUGAAUCAGAAAGGUCACGGUCUUGCAGCGCACAAACUCGGCCUGGCCUGUCUUGCAUCUACGCGCGGAAUUUCCCUGCUGCCGUGAGGAAAGCAGAAGUGAAAGACUUUUUUAGUAUGUAUAACAUCAGUGAAGAGAACAUCAAGUUGCUUGAAGAUGAAAAUGGCAACGGGAUUGGUGAGGCUGUUAUUCAGUUUGGAAGUGAGGAACGUGCCAGAGAGGCUUGUAGUCUACAUAGAGAGCGCUUCAGGCGAGAACAAAUUCUGCUUACCUGUAUUUCAUCACAACAAAUGAAAGACAUCUUGCACAAAACCCAAUGAGCUCACAUUUUGGGUAGUGCUUGCUUACGCUAAGGGGAAAUGGGGUGUACCUUUUAAGACAUUCCACAAAAUAUGAAGGAGGAUGGUGGAAAUCCUUCAGCCAUUCAUUUUUUUUUUUUUUUUUUACAGGGCAGAAAGUACUCACAUUACCAACAAAAAUGAACAUGAAACUCAAAAAUUACUCUGGGACUCAUUUAAAUAUCAAAGAAAGUACAAAAUGUGCCUUGCAUGGACUGUAACAUUCUUCUGGUACAUCUGAAAUCUUUAAUGAUGACUGGUAUUGUUCUAGUAUCAUGUGAUGUAACAUUUCUUAACUGCUAUUGAAAAGGCAAUCAAUAUAUCUGUAUAUUACUGUUUGCACAAUAAACCAAGUCAUAUUAAAUCAUA